AUGGAUCAGUACAGAGGCGGCAAAAGAAGCUCCAUAUCGUUUGGAAGCUACCAGAGACCCUCCGUGAAUUUUAACCAGAGCGCCUCGUCGUAUUACACGCCCAGACAGGUUUACGCGGGACAGCAAAAUUCUCAAAACGGGAACAGAAUCAGGUCUUGCAACUACGAAGCAUCUUUCCCGCUGUUUGCAUUGGACUGGAGUACACAGGAUUAUGUGGCUUUGGGCUCUUACAAAGAGGACGCGUUCAACAAGCUACAAAUAAUUCAUUCUGCAGACUUGGCGACGUGGGACCGGGUCUGCGAGGCCAAUGUCGUUUUCCCAAUUUCAAGGGUGCAAUGGUGUCCCGACGGCGGGUCGCAACAGCUUGCUACUUGUUCAGAUUCGCUAAGACUCUGGACUUUUGCAGAUUGUCAAUUGCGAGAACAAGUCAAUUUGUCGCUACGACGUUACAAUAAGGGCGCCGUAGCCACCGUGGCGUCAGUGGGCCAGCUACCGCCCGUAACUUCGUUCCAAUGGAAUGCGAUUGACACAAAUAUGCUAAUAUCUUCGUCCAUUGACACGACUUGUACCGUGUGGGACCUGCAAUCGCCCAAUUCCAUCAAGACGCAGCUCAUAGCGCACGACAGCGAGGUGUUCGACGUCAAAUUUCUGACGCAGUCGACGCAGCUGUUCACGAGUUGUGGCGGUGACGGCAGCGUGCGUGUUUUCGACCUAAGAAGUCUCGCGCAUAGUACUAUUAUCUAUGAACUCAUGCCCUCGGGCACUACCGCGGCCGCAGCGGAAUUGGCACACACAGGCGGCAGCAAAGCGCUUCUGCGGCUCGAGCCGUCGCCCUUCGAUCCGAACGUGGUCGCGACUUUUGCACAGGACUCCAAUUCCGUCGUAAUCCUCGACAUGCGGUUCCCCGGUUCCCCGGUUUUGACACUAACGGGCCACACUGCCGCGGUCAACCAGAUUCAAUGGCACCCAUUCAAGCGCAAUGUUCUGUUCAGCUGUGGCGACGACUGCCAGGCGUUGUACUGGGAUCUCAGCUCGUCGCUACACGCCGCUCCAUCUUCGACUACGUCGUCUUCCAAAUGGAACCCUAAUAACCUAGCGCAUACCUCAGACGUGCCUCAGAUGGCCUACAACGACGAAGUCUACGAGAUCAACAAUCUGGUGUUACGUCCUAAAGGAGACUGGCUUGGUUGCACUCUGGGUCGUCAAUUUCAAGGUGUCCGGGUAUGA